AUGAAGCUGUUCAUUGUUUUCACUGCCAUUUUGGCUUUCACAUUGGCCGAAGAAGAGAAAAGGGAAGUCCAGACAAAUAUCGAAGACUCUGAAGCUGCAGCUACAAGCGUCGAGAUCUUAAAUGACGGUGAUGAUUUAGUCAAAGCCGCUAGCAGUUACGUAUCUCCAAACUAUAUACAACAGCAGUAUGAACCUCAACGUCCUAUUCAGCCAGUAAACACUUGGGUGCAGCCAGCGAAACCUCCGGUACAGAAUAACUACUGGGGAAAUACAGGCGGUCAACAUCACCACCACACAACUCCUCAAGUCCCUGUCAUUAAAAACGACGUAUACUAUGGUGAUAAUGGUGAUUACAAAUACGAAUAUAAGACGGCAGAUGGCACUCACGUAGGCGAGCAAGGCUGGUUUACCGACCCUAAGCAAACUGAUGAAAGUCUCGUGAAGAAGGGCUGGUACUCUUUCGUCGGUGCUGACGGCAUUACCUACACGGUCACUUACUGGGCUGACCACACUGGAUACCACGCAUAUGGCGCUCACUUGCCUUCUCCUAACCGCCCCUCCUAUCCUUCUCAAACGCAAAGUCCUUACCCAGUUCAAUCCACUACUCAGCGUCCCACUUAUCCACCCAAACCCAUUUACACCACUCCGCGUCCCACUUAUACAGUAAAGCCCACAUACCCUAUUUACCAAACCCAACAACCGAUCUACUACCCAACUCAGCAACAAACUUACUACCCACAACAGCAACCGAGUUACAACCAGCCUCAGCAGCAAGUUUACAACCCACAUUACAACGUUUAA